AUGGGGAACAAUUUUGAUGAUGAACUAUUGAUGGCCUAUCUUCUAAAGUUUGUUUGUGGUAUGCCUAUUCAAUGCCAACAAAUUCAAAUUGUGGAUUUGUAUGGCAACAACAAGCCUUCUCAAUUAUUCAACACUACAAUUACUAGUGUAAACUAUGUCUUCACAAAGUUAAAGAAAAAAACUAGGAAUGGUAAGACUAUCAAUAGGGGAAUUGUUGGUGGUGACGGCUCGUGGAAAGGAAUCAACAAUAGUAAACCGGUUUACAACAGGGAAAAGUCCGUCAUUGGAUUCCAAAAAACUUUCCGUUUUGAUGAAGGAAUUCAUGUCUGGAAUAUGAAAGAAUAUCGUCUUACAGAUGAAACAAUAGCUGUGUUGAGAAAACGUUGUCAAAUUCUACACGAGGACUUUGUUGUAUGUCGUAUCACUUAUCAUGUCCCAAAGCCAAAACAACUAACUGCAAAAUCGUCUGCUCAAUAUCAGUUUCAAGAAAAUCAAGAAUUGGGAGGAUCCAAUGCUGCUACUGUAGUUCCAUAUGACCAGUUCAGCAGUAUUUGGAAUGGAAACGAGUACAGCAUCACCCAAGAAACUCCGUAUGUUAGUCCCAACGAUGACAUUGCUCGUUACCAUAGAGAACUUGAUGCAUAUGCAGCAAGUAUACUGGAGUCUGUUAGUCCCAUUGAUCACAUUGCUCAUAGAGAACUUGAUGCAUACGCUGCAACUACACUGGAAUUUGAUAUGAACUCCUUGGAUCCAUACGUUCCCCAAGACGAGGAUUACUGUUCUCUUUUCUGCGAAGAUUUUUACAUCGGUCAUACGGACUUAUGGAGUUGA